AUGACAUCUGGCCCUAAUCCUGGCCCUGGAAGGUCUUCUGGUGGCAGAAAAUCCCCUUGUUCAGGGCUGGUGUAUUGGUGCCACCCUGGUUUAAGCAGAGAGAGCAGCACAUCCUCAGCAAACCUGCGUCCAGGGGCUGAACAGAAAGUGGUGUUCAUCACAGCACGGGUCCAUCCUGGGGAAACUCCCUCCUCCUUCGUCUGCCAAGGUAUAAUUGAUUUCCUCGUGAGCCACCAUCCAAUUGCAAAAGUACUGAGAGACCACCUGGUGUUCAAGAUUGCUCCCAUGCUCAAUCCUGAUGGAGUUUACCUAGGAAAUUACAGGUGCUCCCUGCUGGGGUUCGAUCUGAACCGGCACUGGGCCAAUCCCUCUCCGUGGGCUCACCCCACCCUGCACGGAGUGAAGGAGCUCAUCAUCGACAUGUACAACAACCCGAAGAUUAACCUGGAGUUCUAUAUCGACAUCCAUGCCCACUCCACCAUGAUGAAUGGCUUCAUGUAUGGGAACAUCUUUGAGGAUGAGGAAAGAUUUCAGCGACAGGCUGUUUUUCCCAAGCUACUCUGUCAGAAUGCUGAAGACUUCUCUUAUUCCAGCACGUCGUUCAACAGGGACGCUGUGAAAGCUGGGACAGGCCGGCGCUUCCUCGGGGGGCUCCUAAAUGACACAUCCUACUGCUACACUCUGGAGGUCUCCUUCUACAGCUACAUCCUGGCUGCAGCUGCUCCUGCUGUGCCCUACACUGAGGAAGCCUGUAUCCUUUUGAAAUCCAUCCUCUUGCAGCACACGUGGACCGGGCACUUAAGGUUUUACACGCUAACUCUGUGA